UAGGAGGAAGGAUCGAUACUGAACCAGGAAAUGCAAGUUGAUCUCGAUGGUUCAGAGGGAGUGAUAAUGGAGUGAUUGAGACUCUUUGGAGGGGUUUAUCGAGGAAUUCGAAAAUUCCACAGUUGGAGGUUAUGAUUCGCCUGAUGAUAACACGGGGCUGGACCGAGGUUAAAACAUUUCACUGACGUGCAAUCGUCUGUAUUCGUUCGAUGCAACAUAACAAACAAAAAAAUGUUGAGAAUUACGUCGUCCAAUCUGUCAAUUGACAACCCUAUUCACCACACAAGGAGUCCUCAAAAGUGAGCAGAUCCAACUCGAGUUCAUUAAUCAUAAGAAAUCAUGAAGAAUUUCCAGUCGAUUAGAUUCAAUUAAUUACUCAAUCAACCCACUGAUUCGUAAAAUGUCUGAAGCUCUGACAAUUGGUGUUUACCGUCUGCCAAGAAACAUCAGGUUAGAACAGGUUUCAAUAAUUUCGAAUAUUCCAUCAUGAUCCAGAGAGCCAGACUCCCUUGAAAAUCCAACGACUCAACUUCAGGAGAUAUCCGAGGCAAUAGUAUGAACCUGCAAUGGCACCUCCUCCUGGUGUUCCUCAUCUCCAUGGGCUUCCCCACCUCCCAGGAUCAUCAGCCCCUUCCCCAGGACACUCAAGAUCUCUGCAACACCACCGAAAGCCCUCCACCCACAUUAAAAAUUCAAUUCACUUCAAAAAUCGUUAAAAACGAGUACAUAGUGGCCUUCAAGGGUUACUACAAGCGAAACACUCGUCAGAGUUACAUCGGGGCAGCUCUCAACUCGUCAGGUGUCACCAACUGGAGAAUUCUCUCUCGUGAGAAUCCAGCGAGCGAUUACCCAAGUGACUUCGACGUGGUGCUCCUCGAGGAAACAGAUAACCAAAACGGUUUGAACGCCCUCACUGACCACCCACUGGUGAGAAGAGUGACACCCCAGAGGCUCGUCCACAGGACCCUGAAGUACUUCAACAGCACUGACGACAGCCCCGAGGCUGGUCAUGAUCCCCAGGACACUCCAGAGUACCAGAAUUUCAAGAGGAAGAUUUCAAGUUUCAACUCCAAUCAAUUCUCAUUUCAAGGAAAAUCAGCUAGUCGUCAUUCCUCCAGGAGACUGCUGAGGGCUAUCCCCAGGCAAAUAACGACUAUUCUCCAGGCUGAUGACCUCUGGAGAAUGGGUGUGACUGGUCGAGGGGUCAAGGUGGCGGUUUUUGAUACGGGAUUAGCUGCCAGUCAUCCUCACUUCAAGAAAAUCAAAGAGAGAACCAACUGGACCAACAAGAAGACAGUGGAGGAUGGACUGGGUCAUGGCACCUUCGUAGCUGGGGUCAUAGCUUCUGCAUCAAAGGAGUGCCUUGGGUUUGCCCCCGAUGCUGAGCUCUAUGUCUUCAAAGUGUUCACCAAUGAGCAAGUGUCCUACACGUCUUGGUUUCUCGAUGCCUUCAACUAUGCCAUCCUCUCCAAGGUGACUGUCCUCAAUCUCAGCAUUGGUGGUCCUGAUUUUAUGGAUCAUCCCUUUGUGGAUAAGGUCUGGGAGUUGACUGCCAAUGGGGUCAUCAUGGUAUCGGCCAUUGGGAAUGAUGGGCCUCUCUAUGGGACCCACAAUAAUCCUGCUGAUCAGAUGGACGUUAUUGGGGUGGGGGGAAUCAAUUGGGAUGAUCAGAUUGCCAGCUUUUCGUCUAGGGGCAUGACCACUUGGGAACUUCCUCAUGGAUAUGGCAGGGUCAAGCCUGAUUUGGUCACUUAUGGCUCUGGUGUCAGGGGCUCGGCGUUGAAACAUGGCUGCAGGCCGCUGUCUGGAACUUCUGUAGCCAGUCCUGUGGUAGCUGGUGCAGUUGCUCUCCUAGCAAGUGGUUUCGUGGGAAAUACCAAUAAAAAUUCGGAGAAUAACGAGCCUGACGAUCGCCUGAGGAGGAUCCACGAGAGGAUAACCCCAGCGAGCAUGAAACAGGCGUUACUCACAUCAGCAGAACGUCUUCCAGGGGUUGGAAUGUUCGAGCAGGGUGCUGGAAAGUUGGAUCUUCUUCGAGCAUUCCACUACCUGAGGACGUACACUCCUGUCGCGACCCUCAGCCCCAGCUACAUUGACCUAACGGAGUGUCAGUACAUGUGGCCGUACUGCACCCAAGCUGUCUACCACACAGCAAUGCCCACUGUCAUCAAUGUCACGAUAAUCAAUGGCCUCGGGGUAUCUGGACAGGUGUCCAAGGUCGUUUGGCAUCCCUACGUCAACUCUGAGAAUGGAGAUGGGGACAAAAUUGAGGUGACCUUGACCCACAGUGAUGUCCUCUGGCCUUGGUCCGGUUGGCUGGCUGUUGCUGUCACUGUGCCCAGAUCAGCUGCCAAUUGGCAGGGAAUUGCUCAAGGGCAUAUCACGAUUACUGUCGAAUCUCCACCUGGACAUGGGGAACAUGAGCCUAGAAGGUCGAUCAUUGAUUUACCAUUGAAGGCGAGGGUUAUUCCCACUCCACCACGCCACAAGAGAAUCUUGUGGGAUCAGUAUCAUAAUUUGAGAUAUCCUCCAGGUUAUUUCCCACGAGACGAUCUCAGAGCCAAGAACGAUCCUCUGGACUGGAAUGGAGAUCACAUCCACACGAAUUUCAAGGAGAUGUACCAGCAUCUGAGAAAUAACGGUUAUUAUCUGGAAGUUCUGGGAACACCGUACACUUGCUUCAAGGCUAAACAUUAUGGUACACUUCUGAUUGUCGACGCUGAGGAAGAAUUUUUCCCCGAAGAGAUUAACAAGUUGAAAAGGGAUGUUGAAGACGAGGGGCUGUCGAUUGUUGUGUUUGCGGAUUGGUAUAACGUUACUGUUAUGAGGAAAGUCAAGUUUUAUGAUGAGAAUACGAGACAGUGGUGGGUACCAGACACAGGAGGGGCCAAUGUACCAGCAUUAAAUGAUCUUCUAAACGAGAACUGGGGGGUGGCGUUUGGAGAUUGGGUGGGGGAUGGACAAUUUAGACUAGGUGAGCAUGCACCCAUCAAUUUUGUCUCGGGGACGAACAUCGCGAGGUUUCCUGAAGGGGGGAUUCUCCUGGGAAUGGAACUCAGGGAUCAGGGGGAGGAGUUGCUCCAGGGAAAGGAGGCUGGAGCUGUGAGCAGUGUUCCUAUCAUUGGUCUGUUGCAGAGUAAGAACAGAAGGUUCAACGAGAUCGACGGACAUGCUGGGAGGGAUGAUAAUCAUCCUGGGGAGGGAAACUCCUCGGGGGUCCCAGGAAGACUCGUUGUUUAUGGAGAUUCUAAUUGUAUCGAUGAUGCUCAUUCCAAAAAACCUCCCUGCUUUUGGAUGCUGGACGCCUUCCUGGAGUACACAACGACAGGACACGUGCCCUCCAUCUUCACAAAUGCUCGAAGCCGCCAAAAAAUUCCAGAACAAUCAGAGAAGCUCGCCAUUCACCUACCAAAACGAAUGGAAGGAAAUCACUUGGAUCGUCACAGCAAGGUCCUGGACUCAUCAUCGACAAGUGGUCAACAUCUGCGUCCACUUCCCCAGUGUCCAUCGUCGUCUCCAGCAGUGCCUCAUCCCCUGAACGAGUCAGCGCCGACGAAUCUCUACAAGCCUCAGAAGCUGCUCUCAAUCGGAGAUUACCUUCCAGCUCCACUGAUCCAGCAGGAGUCAGACUCCACGUGGUUCAAGCGACGAAAUGGAGGCGGCAAUGGCCAGACUGUGAAUCUGGAGCCCAUGGAGGAAUCCAGUGAACUCCACAGAAAAGUUACUCAACGCUGGCUCUACAUGAGUCAGUGGACAUUUAUGCUUGCCCUAAUUGUCAUUUGCAUUAUUCUCAUCUCCAUCCUCCGGAAUUGGAUGCAUUGCGGGACAAAAAGACCCUCCCGGAGGAAACGAGCCAUGGGAAAGCUGAGAAGAGUCAUCCAGGCUAUCGCCGUUCAUAGAGUGCCUCAGAUGUAAAAAAUAACAUCAUCGUUUUUAUUUUUCACCCAAAACUAGGACAAUUUUAAUUCACAGGGGAUCAUAAGGAAGAGUUUUUAUUUAAAAGAAGGAAUACUAUUGUAUAAAGUGUUAUUAGGGUACCAAUACAUUGACAAAUUUUUGUAGAAAUACAGGAUCGAGUCAGUGAUAGCGUAAUUAUGAGAGGUCUAUUAGGAUUAAGGGUAGUUAGGGAUUUUGUCAUUACCAACCGUCCAUUACGAGGACUUGUCCAGUCAGAGACACUCUGUUGAUUCAAUUGUGGACAGAGAGAAAUUUUUUGAUAAAUUAUCUUUAAUUCAUUAGGAAUAUCUUUACGAUAUUAAAUUCAAGUUCAAAUAAUUUUAA